AUUUUGGGCCGGGAAAUUUUCAUGCAUCAGGAAAACACCAGGUGGCAAAGCAUUGGAAAACUCCUGCCAAACACUGGUCUUCAGGGUUCCACUCCAUCAACUCACCCACUUCUCGAUUCCUUCCCCCAAUCCGAAAAUUACCGCUAACCCAAUGGCCACGGUCCGGCCCACACACCCUACAACUACGGGGAAUGCUCAUCAACCUCCAAUUGUUCAACUUUCAUCCCAGGCCACCGCAAAGUGGGAACUCGGUGUCUCUCUCGUCUUGGAUAGCUGGGAUGUCCUCACGGAAGCCGUGAACAAUCUGUGGGGCGGAGAGGAUAGUUCGGGCAAGCGGGAUUGGCUUGCUGGCGCUAUCGUCGAAAUGCUCGCGGGACGGCCGGAGACCGACGAAUACGACAUCGAGGAGACAUUAUUGCAGGUCAUGGAGGAUGAAUUUUCAGUUUGUCUAGAAGACGACUCAUCAUGGGUUGUAAGUCUAUCAUCCUAACUGUCCAUUCUAUGCGAUAAAGAAGCUCCUAAGCGAAUGGGAAUGGGUAAUUAGGUCGCACGCCGGAUAAUCGUACUACGAAGGGAGGUCAUGGGCGGCGAUUUCUCUACCGUCGAUAAGCUUCACGCAAGAUUCCUUGCGAAGCCUAAUAACCCAUCAGCUCCUUCAAUGUUCAAGGAAGUGGUUGACGAAACUGGCUCAUCGUCUAGCGAGGAAAACGAGGACGACGAAGAAAUGGGAGAUGCUGCUCCCUCCGCAGCACCUGAAUCCAGGCAGCCACGACAGCCACCGGAGCCGACUAUCGAUGAGGAAGGGUUCACAUUAGUGCAGAAGCGGGGAAGCGGAAGGCGAUAGUUAGGAUGUUAGGUUUGAAAUCCCGACGCCGUUCUCUUGACAUGGAAUCUUGUGAUUUCUCAACAGAAAAGUUAUUCAAUACAAACUACACAAGAUUCUGAUACCAAAACUCCACCAGUUGGGAUUUGUGCUCAGGUCUGAUGACACAAGCAUGCAUCACGCGAGAUACCGGUAUAUAAUUCCCAGUACCUAAACUUCUCCCCUUAGAAUGGUAAGACUUGCCCAUGGCCGAGCCCACAAGUUUCCCUAAACAUAAUUAGUCCCCAUCGUGGUAUGUAUUAUACUUUCAAUAAGCAUAUAUCCCCUAAAACUACCGCACGCUAGCAUGUAGAUAUUAUAGGUGAAUGCCCGAGCAUGAUACGAUACUCCGCAGUGAAAUACCGGUACCGGUGGGGGGAGGGUAUAGAUCUGACAUACCUGCACGUACAGUACUAUUUGUACAUACCCGGAUACCAUGAGAGUACCGUAGACACCGUUU